AUUUUUCAUCCCAUUCUCCACAUUCAGAAGCAUGCCUUCUCCCCCUAAACCCUGGGAAACCAACAACGGAGGAUCGGCCACAUCAACGACGAGUCCCAUCACUUCUCCUUCAGCAGCAGCCACCACCAUGUCAAGUGAAGCACCUCCCAUUCCCACUCGUUCCAAUGCAACCACUACCGGCGCUUUGGGCACCAUGAAUCGUACUGGAGCUUACGGCACAACAGGUUAUGGCAGUAGCUACGGUGGAUAUGGCACUGGCUACGGCAGCGGCUACGGCAGCUCAUAUGGCGGCUACGGAAGCGGUAUCGGAAGCAGCUACGGCGGCUACGGAGGUUACAGUCGCCUCGGUGGCUAUGGCGGCUAUGGAAGUUACGGCCGUAUGGGCAUGGGCAUGGGCUAUGGCGGCGGUUAUGGUCGCAUGGGCAUGUACGGCAAUCAAAUGGGCGGACCAGGUGAAGAGCCUGGCUUAACACAACGCAUGGAGAUGGGCACCCGAGCGACGUUUGAAGUCAUUGAACAAAUUGUCGGAGCAUUUGGCGGAUUUGCUCAAAUGUUGGAGUCGACGUUUAUGGCGACGCAUUCGAGUUUCAUGGCCAUGGUGGGCGUAGCGGAACAAUUAAGUUAUUUGAAAUCGUACUUGGGUCAAGUUUUCAGUAUCUUUGCCCUCUUUCGGUUGGUGAAACGUCUCAUUUACAAGUUAUCGGGACGAACUCUACCCGGCAAACCUCAAGAGAUGAAUUUGAUGGAGUUCCAAAGUUUUGAGCAAGCAACGGCUGGACCGAAGAUGUCUCGUAAACCUUUAAUGAUCUUCUUACUUAUGGUAGUCGGUCUACCUUACUUGAUGCACAAGUUAAUCAAACUGAUUGCAUCCAGUCAGCAAGUGCAACAACGACAACUACAACAGCAAGCACUCCAGAAUCCUGCCAUGGGAUCCACAACGGCGGCUCAAAUCGAUCCAUCAAAACUCGAAUUUGCACGUGCGCUUUACGAUUUCACCGCAGAAUCGCCAAUGGAAUUAAGCCUUCAAAAGGGUGACAUUGUCGCCAUUUUGUCGAAGAUGGAUCCUGUCACCAACCAGCUCAGCCAAUGGUGGCGCGGCCGAUUGCGAGACGGCAAGAUGGGUAUGUUCCCAGCCACUUACGUAGAAAUCGUUCAAAAAGGAGGUGGAACCGGCGAACCCAAAGCACUCCCUGCUGCCGACGGCGAAUCACUUGUCAACUCGGACAUUGUCGAGAAAUCCAUCGCAGCCGAUAUGACAGCCGCCACUCCCAUUACCUCCUCUUAGAGCAAAACAAGAAUCCACAACGAGAUCUUAAAACGAAAAUUCAACAAUCGAUCCGAAAUACCAAAACAAUUUGAGGAUGCUCUCUUACAAUCGUUCCUACCUUCUUUUUUAUUGUACCUGUCAUAACCAUGGCUUUCCUUUUCUUUUCACCAUUUUUCCCAGCGACCUUUUCUUUUAUUCAUGAUUCCUUUUUUUUUUCUCCGUGAUAUUCUUCUUUUUUUUUUUCUUCGUUUCGAUCCUAAUUGAUUCCCUGUAAUAUAUCUAUUUUUAUUAUUCUGUCUUGCCCAUGCACAAUACAGUUUAAUUGGAAAAUCUGGGUAACAAAAAAAAACUGUUGUCACCGCAUUG